AUGGGUGAAGAUGGCGUGUCCAUGUGCCACGAGCAGCACUCGACGGGGAAGAGGAAGAAGAAGAAGAAAAAGAAGAAGAAGAAGAAGAGAAAGAAAAGUGGAGAGAGCACCUCGGAUUCCAACUCAGAAUUUGUGGCAAGCCAAAGGGAUGCCGGAUACGAUCAAACGCUGUUACCAAGGAGACAGGAGGAGCUUCCUGAUAUAAUCCCUAAACAGGACAACUACAAUAAAGGGAAAGGAGCUGAGGAGAGACCUGGCGGGAGAAAGAGCUGUUCCCCGCUGCAUUCCCAGUCCCAUCCCUGCUCAGGGAAGACCAGCUCCCACUCCCGGUCCAGAGACCGGUGCCGGAGAUCCAGGACUCGCUCCUCAUCCCCGACACGGGGCCGCAGGACCCGCUCCCGCUCCCCCUGCACACCUCCGUUCAAGCGGAAGAGAGUUCCGGGACGGCGGGCCCGGACGCCCCCGUCGCCUCCGGAGGGCCAGCGGCGCCGAAGGGAGAGAACCCGGACAAACCAGGUGACCCCUGCAGAUUGCGGUGGUUCCGGCGGACCCCAGCCCAGCCCGAGACCCGAAAAGCCGGCGAAGUCCAGCCGUCUUCAGGGCGACGCCCCGGACAAGCCCCGGUCCUCCUCUAACGCGGAGUCGCCGGACCGGAAGAAGAAGAAACGGUCCUCGUCUCCAAAGAGGGACAGAGAACGAAAGUCCUCCAAAAAACGGAAGAAAUCCAAGUCGCCGAGCCGGAGGAGCAGGAGGAGGUCCAGAUCCAGGAGCCCCGCGGGGAAGAAAAGAGCGUGGUCAAGGUCCUCGGACCGCAGGUCCCGCAGGUCACGCUCCAGCAGUCGGAGGAGGGCCGUGUACAGCCAGAGGGACCGCUGGAAACGGGAGCCCAGCCACUCCCCCGUCCUCAUCCUCCGCAAGAACAGAUCUCCCUCACGGAAGGAGAGGAGCGCCAGCCCGCAGCGCAUCAGCGAGCUAGAUAAGUUCCAGUUGUUGGAGAUUGCGAAGGCCAAUGCCGCUGCGAUGUGUGUGAAGGCCGGUAUGCCGGUCCCCGACAGCCUCAGGUCCACCAUGCUCCCCCUGGUUCUGCCCAACAUGGCCAUGAACGCCGCCAUGGCCAGCAUGACUGCUGCCACGGUGACGGCGGCCUUGUCCAGCAUGGGCACCGUUUCCUCACUGCUCCCGUCGUCCUCCAAGCCCACGUCUCUCCUCGGCCAGUCCAACGCCGUUCUGGAGGAGGCCAAGAAGAAAGUGUUGAAGCAGGCGAACAGCAUCAGCAUCAAGGAGUUCACCGAUAAGUGCAAGAUGAUCGUGGCCAGCACCACGGAGCUGCAGGUGGCCGUGCCUCAUGUUUCCGACGACGAAGACGACGACGGCAAACCCUUCGGAGGAGGCGGGCCGGCCGUGCGGGAGCAGAAAGUCAUCAACUUCAACAUCGCCAACACGAGCGUUCGUCCGGGGGGACGCAGCGACGUCAGCAUGGCCAAGGAGUUCCCCGUGUCGUCGGGAUGUCAGCACCGGAAGAAGGAGGGGGAGGGCCAGGCCGCGUACGGCGAGUGGGUUCCCGUCGACAGAACCGCGGACAAAGCUGCUGCCGCCGCCGCCGCUGCAGCCGCCACCGCCCUCAGCAAGUCCCAGGCGGGCGUUUCCACCGUGAAGCCUGCGGCGCCGCCGGCUGAAACGGCAGCAGGCCCGGCCUCCCCGUGCGCCGAGCCGCCGGCGCCGGUGGCAGAGAGUGACAACGUGUUCCCCGAACCGCCACGUCAGCCAGUGGACAUCACCCAAGCCGUGACGGAGAGGAUCAACGCUCAGAAGCGAUUGGCCGAGAACCCCAACGACAUCACCGCCCUCUGCAUGCUCACCCGGGCUCAAGAGCAGGUAACGUGUGUUUGGUGGAAGGGUCAAAGGUCAGCACGGGAGGGCCUGGGGUAA